CUCGCACAUCUCAUGGUGUCGCAGGAACGACAAGAGCCAGCUGUGCCUAGCAGCAGCAGCAGCAGCGCCAAGCGCGCAGCCACGUCCAUGGACGCCAGCCCGGCCCCGCCGCUCCUCCUCCGCGCCCCCACUCCCAGCCCCAGCAUUGACCUCCCCGCUGGCAAGGACAAGGCCGACGCGGCGGCCAGCAAGGCCGGCGCGGCCGUGUUCGACCUGCGCCGGGAGCCCAAGAUCCCCGCGCCAUUCCUGUGGCCGCAGGAAGAGGCGCGGCCGUCCUCGGCCGCGGAGCUGGAGGUGCCGAUGGUGGACGUGGGCGUGCUGCGCAAUGGCGACCGCGCGGGGCUGCGGCGCGCCGCGGCGCAGGUGGCCGCGGCGUGCGCGACGCACGGGUUCUUCCAGGUGUGCGGGCACGGCGUGGACGCGGCGCUGGGGCGCGCCGCGCUGGACGGCGCCAGCGACUUCUUCCGGCUGCCGCUCGCCGAGAAGCAGCGCGCCCGGCGCGUCCCCGGCACCGUGUCCGGGUACACGAGCGCGCACGCCGACCGGUUCGCGGCCAAGCUCCCCUGGAAGGAGACCCUGUCGUUCGGCUACCACGACGGCGCCGCGUCGCCUGUCGUCGUGGACUACUUCGUCGGCACCCUCGGCCAGGAUUUCGAGCCAAUGGGGUGGGUGUACCAGAGGUACUGCGAGGAGAUGAAGGAGCUGUCGCUGACGAUCAUGGAGCUGCUGGAGCUGAGCCUGGGCGUGGAGCUGCGCGGCUACUACCGGGAGUUCUUCGAGGACAGCCGGUCCAUCAUGCGGUGCAACUACUACCCGCCGUGCCCGGAGCCGGAGCGCACGCUGGGCACGGGCCCGCACUGCGACCCCACGGCGCUCACCAUCCUCCUGCAGGACGACGUGGGCGGGCUGGAGGUGCUGGUGGACGGUGAGUGGCGCCCCGUCCGGCCCGUCCCGGGCGCCAUGGUCAUCAACAUCGGCGACACCUUCAUGGCGCUGUCGAACGGGAGGUACAAGAGCUGCCUGCACCGCGCGGUGGUGAACCAGCGGCGGGCGCGGCGGUCGCUGGCCUUCUUCCUGUGCCCGCGCGAGGACCGGGUGGUGCGCCCGCCGGCCAGUGCUGCGCCGCGGCGCUACCCGGACUUCACCUGGGCCGACCUCAUGCGCUUCACGCAGCGCCACUACCGCGCCGACACCCGCACGCUGGACGCCUUCACCCGCUGGCUCUCCCACGGCCCGGCCCAGGCGGCGGCGCCUCCCUGCACCUAGCGAGCCGGGCCAAGGCCGUCUCUUUCGCCCCACGUGCGCGCCCAGCUGGGCAGGUGGCCAGACACGCGGCCCGCGGGCCCCGCGCCGCCUUGCCAUUUUUUGACGCUGGCCCUACUGCUGUGCUACUAGUGUACAUAUGCAAGAGUACAUAUAUAUAUAUAUAUAUACGUAUUUUCUAUAUAUUAUAUAUAAAAGCAAGGCGGCCCGGUGCCCUUCUCUUGUUUUGUC